AUAUUCGAAUUUGUGGCGCUCUUGAUAUCUCUGUCAUGUAUCGCAGCUUUUAUGAGCACUUUGAACAACACUCGAGGCACGUGGAAUUUUUCGUAUUUUGCGUGGCGUGCACGUGGAUUUUCACCAUAGUCUCGUUUCUUUUCUUCACUGUUGGCGGACACAAGAUUCUUCACCAAGUAAAUUGGGUUUUAGCGAUGGCAAUAAUCUAUGUCAUUUUCACCGUAAUGCUGUUGAUCUCUGCUGGUAUUUUGGCCGAUAAUACGAAAUCAUAUAAAGCUUCGGGUCUUUGCGAUUCUUGGAAGUCUGUUCAUAAAGAUAUUGAAUGCAAUAAUCUUGUUGUCGCCGUGGUAUUUGCCUUUACUGCAUUUAUCCUGUAUAUUGUGGAUUCAUCAUUUCACUUUUGGCUGAGUGUCGUUGCGACUGAUUCUGGCAAUGAACUUGAAACGGCCGAGAUGGAGCUAUGAAGAAUGGAAAAGAGUGGUUAUCUUUUUGGUGUAAGAUUGAAAUGGAUUAAAAUAAUUGAGUUAUGGAAGCACCAUCUUAUCUACCAUUUGUAUUACAUCAUAGCUUGUCAAGUGUAU